AUGGCCAUGGCGUCGUCGUCGCUCGCCCGCCCUGUCCUCCGCUCCCGCGUCGCCCUGCGCUUCGCCCCUCGCCGCUUCGAGAGCUCCGCCGCCGCCAGCAAGGUCUCCGAGGCUGCAAAGGACACGGCCUCCAAGGCAAAGGAGUACCAGGCUAGGGCUCAGCAGGGCCUGUCGCGCGUCACCACCGCCGCCGGCCCGGCCAUUGUCGGCGCCGCCAGGGGUGUCACGAGUGCGCUGGGCAAGAUGGGCGGCCGCACGGGCAAGUUCAUUGCCUUUGUCGAGCGGCAAACCCCCUUUGUCGUCUACUACUCCAAGGUCGGUCUCGAGAUGGGCAAGAUCAUGUUUCACGGCCAGAAGAUGAGCCCUCCCUCAAUGGCCACCUUCCAGACCUACUACCAGAACCUCUGGCGCUCCGUACAAAACGGCUCCAUCUUGCAGGCGCCCCAGAACCUCCUCCAGCAGGUCCGCAGCCUCAACACCGCCCACCUCGCCACCGGUGGCGUCGUACUCGCCGAGUGCCUGGGCUUCUUCACCGUCGGCGAGAUGAUUGGCCGUUUCAAGAUCGUCGGCUACCGCGGCGAGCCUGGUCACCACCACUGA